GGGAUCAACUUGGACAGUUCUGAGUGACAGCAUCAUUCUUUUAUACAUAUGCAAGCUCCUUGAAUCCAGAGGGCAACGUGCUUGCGUUGAGUACCGUUCUCGUGGUGCGGCCCUUCUAUGCGAUUCUCAACAGCUCUCUCAAUUGCUGGCCAACUUGCUGAGGAAAUAACAAGUUUCUGGAAGGCUCAUUAACAUUAACCCGAUUUCAAUGCAACGCAAAAUACUCGUAAAAUGCAUGUGUGUGCCAUGUAUGCAUGUGAGUACAUAAGUUUGUGAUCCAAUUUACAUAUCGAGGCGGCAGAAAUGCUGACAAUUAAUUAUAAAUGCACACAGUUCUCGAAGGAAGCAAGAAAAAGUCAGCUCGCUUUGGUCUCAAUAUCAUGUUGGAUAGCUUAGUUGAAACCAGAAUGACGGAGCAGAGUCAGAGGCAGAGGCAGAGUUAAAGGUAAACUUGGGUUCCGUUUUGUUCUUCAACAACUUGUACUCGCACUACGAGCUGAGCAUCAUACUACUACCAUUUUUUGGCUAUGCGGCCAAAGAAUUUGUACUCGCAAUUCUUUUGUGUGUGGCUGCUAUAAAAGUGUUGCCUCACGGCUCCAGUGGCAUCAGUAAUCGCUCGGUCAGCACCCAAGCACAACUUUGAAUUCGACAUGCGUCCCUUCACCAUUUCCACUGCGUUGCUCGCACUUGCCGCCCUGGGCGUGGCCAGUCCUUUGGGCAGCACCUACCUGCCACCUCAGGCCAAUGCGUACAGCAGCUACAACACGGCUGCCUCGAGCAGCGCCAGCUCGUACGCUGCUCCACCAGCGGCAACUGGUGGUCACUAUGCUGCUAGCCGUUCUCAUGGAUAUGCUCCGUCGGCAGCUGCGCCAUCUCGUCAGUACCUGGCACCCGCUGUCCAUUCCCAACAGAGCUACUCUGCUGGCGCGGGAUACAACUCGGGUUAUGCCUCGACGCCAGCCGCCUCGCGCAGCAGCUAUAGCGUCGCCCCAGUGGCAGCGCCAUCUCGCCAAUAUCUGGCCCCAGCGACAUCAUUGAGCAGCUACUCCACCUCGGGUGCCACGAGCUACUCGGCUCCAAGGACCUCGUAUAGCAGCCACUCGUCAUCUGCAGCUGCAGCUCCUUCGCGCCAGUAUCUCGCACCUGCUGCUCACAGCAGCUACUCCGCUCCAGCUGCAUCGCACAGCAGCUACUCUGCUCCCGCUCGCAGCAGUUACUCCGCUCCAGCUGUUUCCCACUCCAGCUACUCCGCAUCGGCUUCAUCAUAUGCCCCCGUCGCAGCUCCAUCGCGUCAGUAUCUGGCUCCUGCCGCUUCGCAUACGAGCAGCUACUCUGCGCCAGCCGUCACCCGCAGCAGCAGCUACUCCGCUCCAGCUGUUUCCCACUCCAGCUACUCCGCUCCAGCCGUCACCCGCAGCAGCAGCUACUCCGCUCCAGCUCGCUAUGCGUCGUCGUCUCAUGGCCAGGGUUAUGGCAGCCUUUCGGCGGCUUCUUCUGGCUCAGCUCGCAGCCAGGGUCAGGGUUAUGGAUAUUCCGCACCUGCUUCCUUCGGAGGUGGCUAUGCUCAGGGUGCAGCUGGCACUCGCUAUGCAGCUAAUGGAGGUUAUCAAUAUCGUUACAAGCAUUAAUCUGAUCCCUGAUCUCUGAAGGCAAAACAACUCAAAUUCAAUCAAUACAUUUUUUUUUUUUUGUUUUUUUAAUAAUUUAAAUAAUCGAAAGCAAAGUGUGCAAUAAAUGCGAAAUACUCCGAAACAUUAUUCUUAAAUCAAUUUUAAGCAAA